AUGUCACAAAUGCAAAUGUUGGAAAAAUACAACUGUGAAAAGUGCAGAUUUUCAACGAGGGACGUAAACAAGUACAACAUCCACAUCGCUCUUCACAAUGAAAUGAAAUAUGUCUGCUCACACUGCAAUUUUGAGUCUUACACAAAAUCAGAAUUUCAAAGACACCUGGUGUCUCACACUGGAAAAUUUCCUUAUACCUGCGAGUACUGUGGCUAUGGGGCCAUUAGAAAUGACUACAUUGUGAAACACAUUAAAAGAAUCCAUGGCGAUGGCAAGAUACAGUGUUCGGUGAGCACUGUGGAAAAUGAUUCCAAAAACGCUUCUGUUAACAUAAUGCAAACACAAAUGAGGAACAGCUUACAGGAGAUUCUGCCAAAUAAUACAACUGUUAUUGCCAAAAACGUAAGAGACCUCACACAUGAGGUGGAUAAUUCCAUUUUUAAUAACCGUUGUCAUUUGAAUGGAAAUGGUAGCACACAUGCAGAUCAAGUGGAAGUAGAAGUCAUUUCACCAACAGACCAACAGCUCUAUCCUUGGAUGCCAUUGACAGUCAUUGCACCAACAUGGUUUAGGGUACCUGAUAACUGUAUUGCUCAGGUUGUAGAAGUGAAGCCUGUCAAUAGUACUUGCUAUUUAGUGUUAAAGUGUUUAGAGGUGGUUGAUUCAAAUGGGACAAAAAAUGCUACAAGGGACAAAAACAUGAAUGAACAAAAUACUUCAGAACCUAUGGUUACAUCAGAAAACUGCAUAGGCCCUUCAGAUGGAACUUCUUUAAUAAUCAGUGACAUAAAAAGUCUGCUGCCCACAAAAAAUACAGCUGCUCCAACUGAAGAAAAUACUAACAGUGUAACCAGUCCACUUAAUGAUAAUGAAAUUAUCGAUGCUCUUCAUGGCGCUCCCAAUGAGCUUUUUGAUGAAGCCGAGGAGGUUUCCGAUGGACCAAUUAUUUCAUCUGUGUUUUCUCUUAGUUCUGGCUCCCACAAUGUCAUUGAAGGUAUACAGUGGGAAUGUCCCAUUGUCACCAACACAAACGCAUCAAAUCAUAUUGUGGAUACUACUCCCUCUUUGAAUGGUAUAAAAAGUCAAGGUGGACCUCAAGUACUUGAAAAUGCAGCAAAAUCCCUGGUGGAAAUUGAGAUGGUCUGCGGACAGAAAGCUGUUGCAGAGAAUGAACUGCCUGACACAAACACAAUGGACAUGAAAAACACCGGUCCUGAAAUACAGUUGCCUCUCAACAAGCCGGUUUUGCCAUAUGGCAAGAGACCUGAAAACCAGACAUCUGCCUUGGCUCAAAGCAACAAGACAGGAGAGCGUAAAUCAAACCGCCUCACUAAAAUCGAAACAAAUCUGUUUAGUAAGCCUCAGACUCUCUUUUUGUCUUGUGACAAAAGAAUAGUCAUGCAGCCGCUUUCCUGUGUAAUGCAAGCUGGUCACAAAGCUGAUGCGAGUAGAGAAAGUGAACUUGUCCCGCUUAAAGUGAAAAAGCCGAGUGCCAAGCCAAAGAGUAAAAUCCUUAGCAAAAGGUUUUCAGCUCCAGUGUUGAAAACUCUUAGGCUCUGUCCUGUUAAGGCGGAUCAGCUGACACAGAUGCCACACAAAAACCAGCCUGUAGUUGUCCUUAACCAUCCGGAGAUGGAGUCCUUAGAAGUCUCUUCUAUAAUGAAAGCAAUCAGUAUGUUUAAAGGCAUGGUUUUAAAGGUAACCUUAUCCAAACAGACCCGCAGGAAAAUUACCUGAAUAAAAAUAAACCUGGCUGGGGGGAGAGCAUGGUGAUUCUAA